AUGGCACCGCGGUCCUAUGGUGCUAAGAAAACUGGCCCUGACUUGUCCUGGGCUGAUGAUGAUCUUGUCGACCCUAACGAUAGGAAUAACCGUGCUGUCUCACCACCUUCCAACGUGCCUGGACCUAUCUUUCCUCCCCGAACAUACAAGAACAUCAUACGUACUCCCAAGCCUCUCGGCGUGCAUGAAAAAAAGGCCGUAGAUGCGCAGCUGAAGUUCAGGCAGCGUUGUCGCGAAAGCCCAUUAUUCACAGUUCUCGACAAGAAUAGAUUGCUGGUAGAUGGUGUCAGCAGGAAGAGUACAGAAGCGAAAAGAAGAGGGUUUGACCCUUUCGAGCAGCAAGAGAGAUACUCAACACGACAUUUAAAGAAAGCACGGACCGAACCAGAUCUUGGACCAAAGGGAAGAGGUGAUUAUGGCUACACUCUUGCUAUGUUUCCUGAAGAACUUUGGGGUGUACUUGAUCCUGGCCUGAAACUGCCAGACUGGAAACUUGUGGACGAAGGAGGUGUCGCUUAUGCAAACCUGCCUGGACGAAGGAAACCAGGCUCAGAAAAGAAGAAGAGGAAGAAAGCUUUAGAUUACGAAAGAUUGGAUCGAGAAGUGGUAGCACGGGGAGAUCAGGCUGCUGAGCAGGAAGAUACAGACGACGAGGAUCCGGUACAAGCAGAAAGCAGAAAAAAGAGGAAAACAAAGGACAAGUUGGGAAGACAGGAAGGAGAGAGGAGGGGUCUCGAUGCAGAGGAUGAUGUCGAUGCUGAGCAGAAUCCAGAGGACGCUGAGGAAGAGGCAGCUGAAGACGAGCCUGAAGAUAGUGAUUUCUCAGAUGACUCUGAUCAGAACGACUACGAUGCCGAGCAAUACUUUGACGACGGCGAGGACGACGAUGAUGGCGGCGACGACAAUGGUGGAGGGGAUGAUUAUUAG